AUGCGUAAAUUGCUGUUACUCGCUCUUUUACUUUAUAACAUCGUAGCUUUCGCAACGAGGUCCGGCAAUUACGAUUACGACGAUCGCGAUGUUGACAGCAACAAGAGACACUCUCUUAUAGACGACAGGAGAAACUGGAGAAAAAAGAUGCUCAUUGGCCCAGGGGACAUGGAUCACAAGGACUAUGAUACAAGAAAGAGACACGACUACGAUAACCCCAGAUAUUUCGAUGAGCCAGAAACAAAGCUGUUCGGUGGAAUCGAAAGACAGAGGGAGACAGACUUAGCAGGGUACAGAAAGCGCUUCGACGAUAUUGAUAAAAUGGGUGCCAUGAAGAGUGGAGAACACGCAUCGCCAUAUAAUAUUGAUGAAAAGAAAACGCCCAUAACAAUGAAUUGCGACAGACAGCACGAACGAUACGAAUCGUGCUUCGCCGGCUGCGCGGCCAUUAGCUGCGACAACCCGCGGGACCGGCUGCGGCCGUGCUACCCCUUCUGCGAGCCAGGAUGCGUGUGCGUCCCACCCUAUGUCCGGGAUGACCGUACGCAUAAGUGCGUCCUAGCUGACGAGUGCACGAAAGGCCUCAAAGGAAUUCCGGACUUGGGCGAUGAUAUGAUAUAGUCUGACGAAA